AUGAAGAUUCUUUAUAUGGGUGUGUUCCGAAACGACACUCAGCCAGCUCUCCAGCUAUGCGGGGAAAAGGACCUUAGCAGCUUUUCUCGCUUCACCCGUCAGAACUACGAUGAAUUCUUGAUGCUUUUCACCAAAACAGUCGCCGAACGAACCAAGCCCGGCCAACGACAGGAUAUUGAAGAGAAAGCCUACACAUUCCACGCCUAUGGCCGGACAGAGGGUGUUGCCGGUGUUAUAGUCACAGAUGGGGACUACCCUGCCCUGGUGGCCCACCAGCUUUUGAGCAAGAUCAAUGCAUGCCCUCUACCGCAACUCAAGGAAUAUAUCAUCAAGUACCAGGAUCCGGGCCAGGCCGACAGCAUUAUGAAGAUCCAGCAGGAGCUUGAUGAGACCAAGAUUGUCCUUCACAAGACGAUCGAGAGUGUCCUGGAGCGAGGCGAGAAGAUUGAUUCCCUUGUUCAGAAGAGUGAUGGCCUCUCAGCUCAGAGCAAGAUGUUCUAUACCCAGGCCAAGAAGCAAAACUCCUGCUGUGUUGUGAUGUAA